CUCCUCCAAUCAGAUAUAGUCAAGCAACCCCUUUUCUACGUUGGUCUAUUGCCUUCCUAUUUAAUUAGCAACUUUACUGACGCUUCCAGCCUUCCAGGUCUUAUUGGUCAGUGGUCGACGCUUUUAGUCUUCCCCGGCCUCUAUUUUAUUCUCGGUCUCCUCCAUGGACAAGAAAGCCUGCAUCUUUCUUAGUUCUGAGUUCUGACCGGUACCCAUUUGGAUUAUCCUUAAGCUUCAGCUAGCUUCAAGCCUUCAACCACUUUGCUUCGGAAUUCAGGUCAUCUUUAGUUUAUAAGAAAUGGCUGAUCAUGAAAGAGAUGAGGUACCUAUGCUUUCGGAUACUCAUCCACAGUCAUCAAAUGAGCACCUGCCAUUACAAAUUGAGAGAUUUACGUCCAGGACACGGAGCGCAUCAAUUUCGAUUCCUAUGAAUUCUAUGGAUUCAUAUGAAAGGGGUGAAGUUAACCUUGUAGGCCAUACUGGUCCCUUAAGAACUCACACAAAAACACCCUUCUUACCUAUGAGUGGUCCGUUAUAUGCUAACCGCGGCACGCCUGAUAGUGUUCUGUGGCUAACUCGAGGUGUGACAGGGCAAGAAGCAGCAGAAACUACAGCAGAAAAGUUUCCUUCUACUAGUGCAACAAAUGAGAAUGAGUGGAAUGACGACUAUACUGCAAAAAACGAACACUUACUGAGAUCUGGCCAAUUGGGGAUGUGCAAUGAUCCUUACUGCACAACUUGCCCAACUGUCUAUAAGGCUACUCAACCAAAAUACUCGAGGCCCUCGGGCAAGUUCCAUAAUGCUCUCUAUGGGGAUGCCAAGGGAUGGGCCAGGAGGUUUUUCUCAUGUCUGCGUCCAUACAUUCCUGGAGUUAUGAACCCUCAUGCUAAAAUUGUGCAACAGUGGAACCAGUUUUUUGUCAUUUCUUGCUUAGUAGCAAUUUUUGUAGAUCCAUUGUUUUUCUUCCUGCUGUCUGUUCAAGAGGAUAAUAAAUGUAUAGUUAUUGAUCAGCCAUGGACCACUACUUUUGUGGUUUUCAGAAGCAUGACUGAUCUCAUAUACUUCAUGCACAUGCUUCUCCAGUUUAGAUUGGCUUAUGUGGCUCCCGAGUCUAGAGUGGUUGGUGCUGGAGAGUUAGUUGACCAUCCAAAGAAAAUUGCUCUCAAUUACCUUAAAGGAUAUUUUCUGAUUGACUUUUUUGUUGUAUUACCACUUCCUCAGAUCAUACUAUUACUAGUUCUGCCAAAGAACUUGGGAUCAUCUGGAGCAAACUACGCAAAAAAUCUUUUACGUGCUGCCGUUCUUCUUCAGUACAUUCCCAGGUUGUGUAGGUUUCUACCUCUGCUUGCUGGACAGUCACCAAGUGGCUUCAUAUUUGAGUCAGCAUGGGCCAAUUUUAUAAUAAAUCUUCUCACUUUUGUCUUAUCUGGCCACGUCGUCGGGUCAUGCUGGUACCUCUUUGGAUUACAGAGGGUUAAUCAAUGUUUUCGAGAUGCCUGUCACAAGACUCACAACUCUACGAUUAAUGAAUGCAUGAGGUUCAUAGACUGUGGGCAUGGAAGGGACAGUGAAGGUUCUAACGGGGAUGAGCAACUGCGUAAUACCUGGAAAAACAAUGAAAAUGCUACUGCUUGUUUUAACAAAACUGGUUUUGACUACGGAAUCUAUGCCCAAGCUGUUGGCCUUACGACAGAAAAUAGCAUAAUCACUAGAUAUGUAUAUGCAUUGUUUUGGGGAUUUCAGCAAAUCAGUACUCUGGCUGGAAACCAAGUUCCAAGCUAUUUUGUGUGGGAAGUCCUUUUUACAAUGGCCAUUAUUGGCCUAGGUCUCUUGCUUUUUGCUCUUCUCAUAGGAAAUAUGCAGAACUUUCUGCAGGCACUUGGCCGGAGAAGGUUAGAAAUGUCACUGAGACGUCGUGACGUUGAGCAGUGGAUGAGGCAUAGACGUUUGCCAGAUGAAUUAAGGAGGCGAGUACGACAAGCUGAAAGGUAUAAUUGGGCAGCUACCAGAGGAGUAAAUGAAGAAAUGCUUUUGGAUGUCUUGCCUGAAGACCUUCAGACAGACAUAAGACGCCAUCUCUUCAAGUUUAUUAAGAAAGUAAGGAUUUUUGCCCUCAUGGAUGAACCGAUCUUAGAUUCCAUUUGCGGAAGACUAAGACAGAAGACAUACAUCCAAGGAAGCAAAGUUUUGUACUGUGGUGGUCUAAUUGAGAAGAUGGUCUUUAUUGUGCGCGGAAAAAUGGAGAGCAUAGGAGAAGAUGGGAUUAGAGUUUCCUUAUCUGAAGGGGAUGUUUGUGGUGAGGAGCUUCUCUCAUGGUGUCUCGAGCAUUCUUCGGUAAAUAAAGACGGUAAAAAGAUCAGGAUUCCUGGACAGCGAAUGUUAAGCAACAGGAUGGUGAUAUGCUUAACAAAUGUCGAAGCAUUUUCACUAAGGGCAGCUGACAUUGAAGAGGUCACCAGCCUCUUUGCCAGAUUCUUGCGCAAACCACGUGUUCAAGGAGCCAUAAGGUACGAGUCACCUUACUGGAGAGGCCUUGCGGCAAGAUGCAUUCAAGUGGCUUGGAGAUACAGGAGAAAGCGCCUACAUCGUGCAGAUACUUCUCAAUCCAAUCAUGCCUCAUAGUGGAAAAGUGACCUUAGUUUAGUUUCUGUACAGAUAUAUAAUUGAAUAUGUAUACCUGGAGUAAUCCAUAAUUCCAUGUGUGUACAUACAAAAUACUUUCUGAGUUAUAAAAUAUAUAUUCGUUGUUAAAAUGUUA